AUGGAUCGUUUCGACAUCGCGAGCACCGCGUCAAUCCAUGGCGGAAUUAUUCCUCUGGAGCCAGUGAACGACACUAAACUACGAACAGCUAACCUCAAUCAACCAUCUCCUAAGCUCGACACUGAACCCGAUAUCCCUCUGGCAGAAAACAGCAAUGGCAAUGACUCUAGCCAAGGUCAAACGAGUGACCUGGGUAUAUCCAAGACCAGAGGAGUUAUUGUCAUUAUAACUCUUGCUGGCAUCAGCUUUCUCAACACAAUGGGCUCUGGUAUCCUCAUCGCCGCCCUCCCCAAAAUUGCCCAAGACGUUGGUCUAUCUGAGAAUCUCAUCCUUUGGCCCGCGGCAGUAUAUGCUCUUGCAGCAGGAUGUCUUUUACUCAUCUUUGGUGCGAUUGCAGAUGUCGUCGGCGCCAAAUUGAUGUGGGUUACUGGAAGCUUCCUCUUCGUUGUCUUUACCUUGGCUGUUGGACUCGCGCAGACUGGCAUCCAAAUCAUUCUCUUUCGGACAUUGCUCGGGGCUUCUAUCUCGAUGUGUCUUCCCACAGCGGUUAGCCUGAUAUCGAAUACUUUCCCCAAAGGACCCUGGAGGAACGUCGCCUUUGCUAUCAACGGCAUGGGCAGUCCUCUGGGUUAUGCACUAGGCCUUGUUCUCGGAGGCAUCUUCACUGAUACCAUCGGAUGGAGAUGGGCUUAUUACAUGAUGGCCAUCAUCAAUUUCUGUUUAUCGACGGGCGCGAUAUGGUCUUUGCCUUCUGUCUAUACAGCGUCAGAAAGAAAAUGGACGAUAAGACUGAGAUAUGAGAUUGACUGGGUUGGAGCAGCGACGAUGAGCGUGGCACUUGGCAUGCUUCUCUAUGUUCUGGCCAUGAUAUCUUCAUCUUACAAGAGACUCGAUGAUCCUGCCAAUAUCACGCUAUUGACAAUUGCCAUUGUUUUGUUGGCAGCCUUUCCAUUCUGGAUGGACUAUCAAGUCAAGCACGGAAGACCAGCUCUUAUUCCCAACAGUCUAUGGAGAAACCGAUCCUUUACUUCUGUUUGUAUUGCUGUUUUCCUCUGUUGGGCAUCACUCAAUGGUAUCGAAUACUUUACCACCCUUUACUUCCAAAAAGUAGAAGGCCUGUCAGCCCUCCAAAGCUCUCUUCGAUUUCUUCCUCACGUCAUAAUGGGCGUGGCAGUAAAUGUGAUAACCGGUAUUCUCAUCGCCAAGGUCAAAGUGAGAACACUAGCUGUUGUAUCAGCCAUCAUAACCAUGGUGGCAGCACCAUUGAUGGCAACUGUUGACGUAGGCGAAAAUUACUGGCUUGCGCCCUUUUGGGCCAUGUUCCUUUCACCCGUCAACCCAGACGUCCUCUUCACCGUAUCAAAUCUUGUCAUUUCCGACGCUUAUCCCCCUGAGAUGCAGUCCCUCGCUGGUGGUGUCUUCAACGAAGUAGCGCAAUUUGGUAACUCCGUUGGUCUGGCGAUCACUGCUGCUAUUGCUGCAUCCGUCACAGAGCAUUCCGGGAUUACGGCGCGCGAAGAGGCUUUGAUGAAGGGUUACAGAGCCGCGUUCUGGACUAUCUUUGCUAGUUGCUCUACUGUUACUAUUGUGGUUUGGCUUGGGUUGAAGAAAGGGGGGAUCGUUGGCAGGAAGCAGGACUAG